AUGUAACGACAACCAAAACGAUCUAAACACAAUCGAGGAAGGCGGAAAAUCAUCGAAUUGCCUGAAACAAAUUAAUUUGAACAGACCUCAGAAUCCACUCCAGCGAAAUCAGAAUGUCUUCCGGGCUGAUGUCGUGUGUGAGGGAAAACUCACCGCCGCUGGAAUCGGAGCUGGAUGCCAGUUGCCAAGCGGGACCAUUGUCAUUGCCGGAGGGCCACGCCCACGCCCACGCCCACGCAGUCACCUCGACGCCCAUCUCCAGUCCGGGAAACGAUGCCCACCAAUCCCCAACAGGCGAUCAGCAAAAUCAGCAACAGCAGCAGAAGCGCCGCCGGUUUCAUCCGCUCCGGAAUUUGCGCCGAAUCUUCCGCCGCCGCACGAUAAACAGCUCCGCGGACGGUCCUGCAGCCUGUCAGUCGCCAGGACCCGGAUCCUGCAACACUCUGCCACCGCCAGCGAGUAGCAACAGUGAGAAGAACCUGCGCAGCGGGAUAGCAUCCCCGCCAGGAUCGCCGCUGAGUCCCCAGCAAACGGAGAGCUACCAAACGCAAUCGCUGCCCAAGUCAAAGUCCUACGGCUCCCAUCGCGAUGAGUUGCUGAGCGUGAUCCUUGGCAAGAAGCGGGCCAGCAAGCAGGAUCACAGCCAGGUCGGUCAGCCAGGUCAUCAUCCCCAGUCCCAAAACCAGUCGCAGUCCCAGUCGCAAUCCCAGCAGGAAGCCAUGUUCCAGGCACAGCGACAACAUGGCGGCGUGGCCGUCUUCCCAGAUUCGAUUGGCUUGACCAGGAGCAGCUACUUUGCCGAGCAGAGAAUCCAGCAGAGGCAUCUGCGCAGCGUGGGGGAUUCCUCCCAGGAACUGGAAUCCGGUUCCGGUUCGGGAUCGGGUUCGGGCUCGGGAUCAGGAGCAGGUGGAGCCGCAGAUAUAUCCGAUAGCCAGCGCAGUCUGAGCGAAGGUCGCCUCCUGGAUGUGGAUGGUGAUUACUCACGGGAUACCCUGUCGCAAUCCCAUGACAGUGUCUUCUCCGAAUCGGCCACAGCCAGCAGUCUUUCCAUUGUACUCAAGGCGGAACUCACAGAUGUCUUGCGCAAGCGACGCAAUCGACCCGAUGCCUCCGACGAGGAUUUGGGUCUGCCCCGCAGCCCAGCUUCUCCGCAAAGAAGAGCAGCUGGUGGCACUAGCAGCAGGAACAACUCCGGAGUGGGUCACCACCAGUUGCGGGGUCACCAGAGCGAGGUCUCCUCUUUAAGUUUGCUGAGCGUCAACAGUGCCGAGGCGGAAACGGAGGACAGCCAGGGCUCCCAUCACCAGCGACACCACUCGCGAGUGUCCACCAGUUCAUCGAUAUCCAUAGGAUCGGAUAUACUGAGACCCCAUCACGAGGACGAUGUGGAUGCGGUGGGUGGGGAACGCCAUCGCCUUUCACAUGCGGCGGCCAAGCACAAAAUGGCCAUUCGGCCGGUGAAGAAGAAGGGACCCACCAGGACUCAUCGCAUGACAUUGGAGACCUCCAUUCCGGAGGCCAACGAGGAUGUGAUGAAGAUGAGUCCGGGAUUGCGAGCGGUUCAUGAUGCCGAACUCAAGAGCAAGACGCGCUCUUUGCCACCGAAGACUCUGACUGCCAUUGCACCGCCGGCUCAGGUGAUCCCCGCCAGCUCGGUGACCACCAAGCGAACCAAGACAAUCGAGCAGAGCUCCAGCAUCAACAGCACCACCAAAGUGACCACGAGCAGCUCCUCCACCUCCGCCUCCUCCUCCUCCACUCAGAUGUUUGGCUUGAGAGGUCUGACCACCAAGAGCAAUACUCUCCUGGAGAAUCGCGGGGAGUCCUCCACGGAUGGCGAUGACUUCCUGGCCAACGAACGGGAGCACAGCGAGAGUGGCUUCCUGCGGCGCUUGAUCCAUCGCAAUUCCAAGAGAUCGAUAGCCAGGGCAAACGAUGGAGUGGAGGACACCGACUCCAGUCAGAGUGUGGCCAAAAAGCUGCAGAUCUCGACGUCCUGCUUGGAGGCAGCUGCUCGGGAAUCCGUCCAGGUGCCGGAUAAGUCGCGCAGUGCCACCUCCCAUGAGCAGCACAUCCAGGAGACGCGACAAACCAUCAAGAGGGAGAUUCACAACGAGGGCAGACACGGAUUGAAUGCCAUGGUCAGCAACUACGGAGUUCAUCCACAACCUCCGACGCCACUGAAACCCAAAUCCGGUCCAGCUGCCCGGCAGAGGUACAUGCCCAAGGAAUUGGGCGCAGUUUCCCCGGUGGAGAAGAUCUCCUCCAGCAACGAUGUGACCAACCUGCUGUCGAAGAGCUCGCGAGGCAACGACACCUUCCAGUCGACCACUUUGGUGCGGGAACAGCAGACCAAAGUGGAGACCUCCACGCACUUCGAAAGGAAGCCAAGGAUCGUAGGGUUAAGUGCCUUCCAGCAGAAGCUGUCGCGAUCCAGUGACUCAGUGGGCCAGCACUCCAGCUCCUCCAACUCGUUGGAGACCAGCACGGAUGAGCCCUCGCCACUGUACUACGAGGAGAAGCAGCGCAAGACGGUGGAGAAGUCGCGCAGCUUCCGCAACUACGAGGAUGAGACGGUGGACUCCAUCGGUGCAUCGGUGCACAACAACAUGCCCAGUUUGCCGGAUCUCUCACUCAGUUUUAGGGUGCCCGCCUACUACAAACAGUCGCCGCAAUCACCCUGCUCCCCGAUCUCACCGAAUACCAAGUGCGUUUCCCUGGGAUUCGAGAUCAACGACAACAAGUUGCUCCAGGCACGAGCUGAAUCUGCUGGCCAGUUGCCAUCCCAGGGGAAACCCUCUCCCCAAAGAGCGGCCACCACGAAGCUGAUUGUGAGCAGUCCGGGAUCAGCGAACAUCUCCCAGAUCGAGCACAACAUCGAUCUGAUUGUGAAGUCGCCCAUGGUGAGUGUGCUGAGGAAAUCGGGCAAUGUGGUGGAGAAGCUUCCGAAGGAGCCAACUACUCCGACCAAGCAGCGACCCAAGCUGCUUGAUUUGGGAGCAAAGAGCCCAGCUCCUGCCGCGAUUGCAACUCCCAGUCCUGCAAGUCCUCUCACCAAGAGUGCCAAGCUCUCCAACAGUCCACCGAGCACUCCGGCCAAGAAUCAGAGCUCCUCGAACAGCAACAGUCGCAGGAACUCAAGCAAUGUGGAGACCACUUCCGGGGAACCUGAGUUCAUGAAGAUCCAACUGAACCGCGUGGAUCAGGCGCGUCUGCACAACAAGACCAACCAUGUGGUGCUGGCCAAGAACCUGAAAUCUCCCACGGAGCGAAGUCAGAGCAGCGAUGACUUGAGUUUCAGAAGGAACAGUGGCGAGAAUCUGGCGGGGAUUGAAAUCAUAGAGCAUCCCCAACCUAAGCCCUUAAGUCCGGUGGUCAGACCAACGACAUUGGAACCCAGUUUGGGUAAGCAGCUGAGAUCCGUGAGUGCCAAUAGUGUGCGAACGAGUUACGGCAGCAGCAGUGAGGGAUUAGCCACCCCAGUGACACCUGCUACGACUCCAAGUACACCAAAGAGCAAUGGCUUGUCGAAGGGGAUCAAGAGUCCCACCAGGGAAUCUAAGGAUUCCAAGGAACAGGGCAAUCCUAAAGAUAGCAAAGAGUCGGUGAAGAGCAAUCGCCUGUCGCUGGAGGAUCGCAAGCGGUUGUUCCUCAGCGAGGAGCGACCCAAGUUGAUGGAGCAGCGGAGGAAGUCCAUUCCGAAGGCGGAGAUCAGUGCACCGCCCACUCCCUCGGUGACUCCAGCCACGCCCGCCAUUCCAGUGACCCCGGUCACUCCGACGACACCUGAAUUAAGCGAAGUUAAUGGUAACAGUUCACCCACCUCGAAUCCCGUUGUGCUGCGCAAGAAGUCCUUCGCCAGCUGCAAUGGCAAUCCCAGUCCCACCAAGGACGAUCCCACGCCCGAAUUGAUGAAGGUCUUUGCCCGCCGAUCGCUGAAGGUGAAGGAUGACGACGUGGUCACCCUGACGGCACAGGUUCAGGCUACAAGUCCGGUGACCAAGAAGAUGCCAUCCACUGGAGGCGGAGGUCAGAGCGUGGACAGCGACAAGGAGAACCAGUCGAACAGCGAGGAGAAGCUGGACAAGCUGGCGCAUCCUGGAACGACGGAUGCCAACAAGGUGGCCCAUCAUCCCAGCAGCAACCGCAACUCGGUGGCAGACUUCCGCAAUCUCAACAACAACAACAACAACAAUCAGCAGCAGCAGCAACAACAGAAGGUUGCCACCAAGGUGGUCACCUAUCUGCCACCCAUCAAAGUCAGCAAUGCAGGAAGGAAUAGUUUGAAUAACAAUUUGAGCAACAAUAAUGGAAGUGCAAAGCCAGCUGAGAGGUUUUCCCUGCAGCUGAAGCAGGCUACUCCAACGUCUCCGGUGGCAGCAGCAGCAACAGCAGUAGCAACACCUGUUGCAGCAACAUCUGCAGUAGCAACAGCAGGAGUAGCAACACCUAGCAAACCCAUCGAGCGAUCAGCCACCGUGGGCGAGUUCAAGGGAAUCCACCAGAGACGCGCCGAGUGGGAGCAGAGGGCCAAGGAGGCACUCAAGUAGAGAGGAGGGAUCUCUCCUGAUCUCCCGAUCCUCGGCAGACCAGACUGUACCUAGCCUAGCUGCAAUCCAAGUGCUUUUGUCUAGUGAUGCUCUCUCUCUCGCAAAAUUGAGGAGCAACAAAAUUACUAAGGGAAUAAUCAAAUUAUCAUUAUAUACAUUAGCUAAAAAGAACAGAAAACAAAACUAAAUGUAAAGCAACGCAAAAGAAAUCAAAGUGAGGGCGCCGGAGGGUCAAGGUCAUCCAAAGACAAAUGCGACCUGCUCGGCUCCGGCACCCAGAAAAAAACACUAUAGGCAAUAACUAUAUACCGAUCUUCAAAAAGUGACUAGCGUAUACUUAUUUUUAGCAUAUCCUGCGUAUCGUUUACAAAUUGAAAACUAAGCUUCGUUUCGAAUUUGAUCUGUGCAUGUCAAGAAAUGUUAAAAAAUAAACAACAAAACUAACUUUUAACUGACAACAAAAAAAAAAAUGUAAGGACUGUGAGUAUAAUUACGAGUAGGAAGGAGCCUGAUAUUCGAAACAUCUGAUUUACUUUAAGUUGAUAUUCUGCAAGCUUUUAAUCGGUAGAAGAGAAUGAUUUUACUAUUUAGGCUAACUAUUAUUACUGUCUAGCAUCGUAUAUAUUGUUUCAACGACCUUGUUUAUGCUUAACCUUCGAAGUCUGCUGAGAUUACGGAUCCAUGAAUGUUACAAAUGGAAAUUCAACCAGAUUCACACCCAAGUGUAUUUAAAACAUUGCGAGUGUACAAUUGUUGUUAAGGUGACAAGUUUGUAAAUGUACAUACAACAAGUAAAACCGAACUAAUAAAUAUUCAAAUAAAAUAA